UGUUUACUUCUGUGUGAGCUCAUAUUAAUUAUGUGGAUCACCAGUCUCGUCACUCUGAAGGAUGAAGAGAGAUUUGAUUUGGUCAGGGAUCCCCAAGACAGCCUCAUUCCUGGGCCUUCUCCCACCCCCAAACAAAUGCUAGCUUGUAAUGAGACUUCCUUUGGAUACCAGACUUUUUCCCUUAAAGGGACCUCGAUUUAAAUCUGCACAUUGCCAAGGGCAAGGAGCCAAGAACAUGGAUAGAGAGAAGUUUCAGCAGAAGGCUCUGAAGCAAACUAAGCAGAAGAAAUCCAAGUCGGCUGAAUUUCUGAUGGUUAAAGAAGACAGAGCAGCUACAGAAGGCAUUGGAAACCCAGCUUUUAACAUGAGCAGCCCAGAUCUCUCAGCACAUCAGAGUUCAAAAGAGAAAGUUAUUAGACAUGACAUGCUGGAUCGCACCCUUGCAGCUCACCAACAAAAAUCCAGGCUGCCAGCCCCUGCACAACCAAAAGGAAAUGAAUACGGCAGAAAUUACUUUGACCCACUGAUGGAUGAGGAAAUAAACCCAAGGCAGUGUGGGAUGGAGGUCAGCAGAGAGGGUGAUGAGAGAACUCUCUAUAAUCGAUUAAUGGAACUGUUUGAUGACAGUGGACAAAGAGAAUUCCAAGAUGAGAGCAACCAUGAGGACACAUGGGAUUCUGAGGCACCCACGGGUUCCCGUAAGAGUCAUGGACUCCACAAAGAGGCCGAUGAAACUACCCCUGCUUACGUCAAAGAGUUUGAAAGACGUGCUCGGGAAGACAUUGUUCUGCUUGGAAGUUCUUCUUCAGAGCAGGAAUGGAAAUUUGAUGGGGAAGGACUCCACCAGCAUAUUCCUGUGUCAUGUUUAAAGACUGAUAAAACAUUUCGGAACCCCAGAGCUCCACCGAUCACUGCAGACUUACCCAUUGGUAAAAGGGACAAUGUGGCCAAGCUCGGCUCCCUCACAGAAGUAACUAAUGAUUCCCAGGGAGCAGCAGGAUCUUGCUGGCAGGUGCAGCAGACUCAGGCACCUCAGCCUCUUCAAAUACAGAUCAAAUGCAUCAGGGGUCUCAAGGACAAGGCUCCACAAGGCUCUUACCUCCUCAAAGUGUCCCUGCUUGGCCGACCGGGGGGCUGUGCCUUGCAGUGGUGUCCAACAGAGGAGCUGAAGACCAGAACACAUGCAGUUAGGCAUAAUGGAAACUUCUAUGAUGUGAGUCUGUAUUUCCACGAGAGCCUUCACGUGGUACUACCCCAAAGGAAAGAUGUGAAACCUGGCAUAGCUUUCUUAUUUGAACUCUUUCUCCUUCGUGGGAAACAUGCCUGCCUUGGCCAGGCUGUGGGCUGGGCAAUCUUUCCCCUGUGUGAUAACAACUUGGAUGUAGUGGAAGGAAAAUUCAAGUGUCCCCUUCUCCGAGGACAUUAUGACCGGAAAUCCAGAAGUUUUAGGAAAAUUGAAGAUUUGAUUUGCCUGGACUUGGACCACUGGCUGUGCAAUCUUUAUUUUCAGGUCGUUAAACUUCCUUUGCUUUUGGAUCAUCAAAAAAAUCAUGAAAGCAAUACUCAGCUUGGCACUGAAUUUCCAAUGCAUUUAUUGGUUAAAGGAGAUAAAGGAAAAUUAGGUGUACAUGAUACAUCUGGCCCCUGGGAGAAAAAAUCUGAGAAAAAUAUAUGUGCAUCUAUGGAUAAUGGAACUCAAUCCACCUUACACUCUUCUCAGGGGUGCUUUGCUAAUAAAAUUCCCCGCCCUACGGACAGUGACCUCAGUCUCUUGAAAGAAGACCGUGAAUUACGCUCUCAGGGAAAUAGCCUAACUGAUCAUUCUGUGAAGGAAAAAUCAACUGUUUGGAGACCUGGAGAACUUGCAGAUGAUUCACAGGAUACAUCUUACUUGGAGGAACUGGAAAAACAUCGAUUUUCAGUUUGCUGUUCUUCAGUGGCUGCAGGUCAGGGAUCUGGAGAAUUCUUCCAGCAUCUCCAUUUUGCGCUGGUGUUGGUGUUUUCAGAACUUCAAUUAGCUCAGUGGCAGAGCCAGGGCUUCUGGUACAUCAUCCUGCUGAUGGCAUCUCUCUGGUUCCUGAGGCUCUACCUGCAUUACCUUGGCCAGUGGCUUUUCCUAUGGGCCAUUUCAACUCCAGUUACAAAAUUCCACUUUUACCCCUACACAGUUGAGCUUUGCUACCCAAGUUCUUUGCUUCGCAUAGAAGAGGAGCUGCCUGUGGUAGUGGUGGGGCCCUUGAUGCUGAACGCAAUCAUAUUCCUCUUGGUUCUGAUCAGAUGGGGCUGUCAGCUGCUGUUUGCCUCCUGCCCUGACACCUUGUCAAAGUUGAUCAUCGCCAUGGGACUAUGGACAGUUCUGGACCCACUGGCGGUGUUUAUAGUGGAUACUUUCCUGGGGAGGCUUACACCUGAUGGGGAGAUGCCUAUAGCCGAUGCAGCCAAGCUCUACUGGGUGUUUGUAAGAAGCAGGCAGCCGGGGAUUCUUGGUGUGAUGAUCACGAUGCUACUUUACAUUCUCCUGUUCAUCAUUUCUGCCCUGAUUCUGUAUUUGUAUGGUCUCAGGUUGCACAGUGACUCUUGGAUAUUGGAUGCAUUUCAGCGUAUCCACAGUGAAGAAUCCAAGUUCUUCAUUCCCUAUGAUUUGGAGAUUUCCAAUCAGGAGCUAAGUUACAUAGUAAAAAGAUCCCAGCAAUGGAGAGGAACCAAUGGUGAACGAAGGAAGGUGGCAGUGUAUGAUUACAUCUGGAAAAGCCAUGGCAUCAAGUCCAGUGUCUCCAGCUGUGACCUCCAACAUCAGAAUGAAAUCUCUGGGUCUGCACUUGGUCCAGAAGAGGUUACUUCUCAUGUGUCUAUAUACAGUGUUUAUCCCAGUGGGUUCCAAGAGCUGUACCGCCAUUUUCUCAGGCUCCCCGGUGGUGCCAUUGUUGAGGUGUUAGGUGAUAUCAGUGCCUUGAAGUUUGUCCACAGAGAAGUGAUCAUAGCUAUUCAGGAGCACAUAACUCAAAUGGACACCGUGCUGAGAGAAUCGUUCAAUACUAAAGAAGAGGAAUGGAAAGGAACCAUUAAUAUAAAAAGGUAUUUUUUCUGCUAA